UGGAAGGGGGCGUAUGCUAGAAAUGUAGCUACAGUCUGGCAGUGACGUACUACUGUUUUUGGUGUUUUCAUUUUACAGAACAGAGGAAAAAGUAAUUAAUGUUUAAAAGGGCUUGUUGAAAUAAUGUCGGAUCAAGAGGGUCCGUCUACUUCCCGGGAUCCGAAUGCCGAAUCCGAAGAGAAAGAUCCUCCAUUCCUACUUAAAUUGCCUCCUAAGACCACAGCGAAGAGAGACGAAGGAGAAGUGGACCCUGAAUAUGAAGAGAAACGGAAAACUGACCGAGCAAAUAGAUUUGAAUUUCUGUUAAAGCAAACAGAACUUUUUGCACAUUUCAUCCAGCCGGCAUCACAGAAGUCUCCCACGUCUCCUUUGAAAGUAAAGCUUGGACGACCUCGAGUUAAACAGGAUGAAAAACAAAACCUACUCUCUGUUGGAGAUAAUCGGCACAGACGUACAGAACAAGAAGAAGAUGAGGAGUUACUGUCAGAGAGUAGGAGGGCUGCCAAUGUCUUGGUUCGAUUCGAGGAGUCCCCAUCUUACGUGAAAAAUGGAGCACUGAGAGAUUACCAAAUCCGUGGUCUCAACUGGAUGAUAUCCUUAUAUGAAAAUGGCAUCAAUGGAAUUCUGGCUGAUGAAAUGGGCUUAGGGAAGACCCUGCAAACUAUAGCUCUACUGGGAUAUUUGAAACACUACAGGAACAUUCCAGGGCCUCACAUGGUCCUGGUACCCAAGUCAACUCUUCACAACUGGAUGAAUGAGUUCAAGCGCUGGGUCCCUUCCCUUAAAGCUGUCUGUCUUAUUGGAGAUAAGGAUGCAAGAGCUGCCUUCAUCCGUGAUGUCAUGAUGCCUGGUGAAUGGGAUGUCUGUGUCACAUCCUACGAAAUGGUUAUAAGAGAAAAAUGUGUUUUCAAGAAAUUCAACUGGCGAUAUCUUGUCAUAGACGAGGCCCACAGGAUCAAAAAUGAAAAGUCCAAGCUUUCUGAAAUUGUCCGGGAAUUCAAAACAACAAAUCGACUCCUUCUGACUGGAACACCGUUGCAGAACAAUCUUCAUGAGCUGUGGUCACUUCUCAACUUUCUCUUGCCUGAUGUCUUCAAUUCUGCAAAUGACUUUGACUCCUGGUUUGACACCAACAACUGCUUAGGUGAUCAGAAACUAGUAGAACGUCUGCAUGCGGUGCUGCGGCCAUUCUUACUGCGUCGUAUCAAAGCAGAAGUGGAGAAAAGCUUACCCCCAAAAAAAGAAGUCAAAAUAUAUCUUGGACUCAGUAAGAUGCAAAGGGAAUGGUAUACAAAAAUUUUGAUGAAGGAUAUUGACAUUCUUAACUCUGCCGGGAAGAUGGAUAAAAUGCGGCUGCUAAAUAUUCUGAUGCAGCUACGAAAAUGCUGCAAUCACCCUUAUCUGUUUGACGGAGCUGAACCAGGCCCACCGUAUACUACAGACACCCAUCUUGUCACCAACGGCGGUAAAAUGGUUGUCCUCGACAAACUACUACCCAAAGUCCAGGAACAAGGUUCCAGAGUGCUCAUCUUUAGUCAGAUGACCAGAGUCCUUGAUAUCCUUGAAGACUAUUGCAUGUGGAGAGGUUAUGAGUAUUGUCGUCUUGACGGAAACACCCCACAUGAAUCAAGAGAGCAAGCAAUCGAAGCCUACAAUGCUCCAAACAGCACAAAGUUUAUUUUCAUGUUGAGCACCAGGGCAGGCGGACUUGGCAUUAACUUGGCAACAGCAGAUGUCGUCAUUCUCUAUGACUCAGACUGGAACCCACAAGUUGAUCUGCAAGCAAUGGACCGUGCUCACCGGAUUGGUCAGAAGAAACCAGUAAGAGUAUUUCGCCUCAUCACUGAAAAUACAGUUGAAGAAAGAAUUGUAGAGAGGGCUGAGAUGAAACUCAGACUUGAUUCCAUUGUCAUACAGCAAGGAAGACUGAUUGAUCAGCAGUCCAAUAAGCUGGCCAAGGAUGAGAUGCUGCAGAUGAUCCGUCAUGGAGCCACCCAUGUGUUUGCCUCCAAAGACAGUGAGCUGACAGAUGAAGACAUCAAUACUAUUGUAGAGAGGGGUGAAAAGAAGACGGCUGAAAUGAAUGAGCGUUUGGAGAAACUUGGAGAGAGUUCACUGAGAAACUUCACUGUUGAUAUCGGGGGAGCAGAGACUAGUUUGUACAAUUUUGAAGGAGAAGACUACAGGGAGAAACAGAAGCUCAGCAUGAUGGAAUGGAUUGAACCCCCUAAAAGAGAACGGAAAGCUAAUUAUGCUGUAGAUGCUUAUUUCAGAGAAGCUCUACGAGUCAGUGAGCCCAGAGCACCAAAGGCUCCACGGCCCCCAAAACAGCCCAACAUCCAAGACUUUCAGUUCUUCCCUCCACGUCUGUUUGAAUUGCUGGAGAUGGAAAUUCUACAUUACAGAAAGACAAUUGGUUACAAGGUUCCCAGAAACCUUGAAAUUCCUAACUCAGCCCAAGUACAAAAAGAAGAACAGAGGAAGAUUGAUGAGGCAGAGCCCCUGUCCCCUGAAGAGAUUGAAGAGAAGGAUAAGCUCCUCACACAAGGGUUCACGACUUGGAACAAGCGUGACUUCAAUCAGUUCAUUAAAGCAAAUGAGAAAUAUGGCCGCGAUGACAUUGACAAUAUUGCACGAGAAGUAGAAGGGAAAAGCCCUGAGGAGGUCAUUGAGUAUUCAGCUGUGUUUUGGGAGCGCUGCAAUGAGCUGCAAGAUAUUGAGAAAAUAAUGGCCCAAAUUGAACGUGGUGAAGCCCGCAUUCAGAGAAGAAUUAGUAUCAAGAAAGCAUUGGAUGCAAAGAUAGCAAGAUACAAAGCCCCUUUCCACCAGUUAAGGAUACAGUAUGGUACAAACAAAGGAAAGAACUACACUGAAGAGGAGGAUAGAUUCCUCAUCUGCAUGCUUCAUAAAAUGGGCUUUGAUAAAGAGAAUGUUUAUGAAGAACUUCGACAGUGUGUUCGAAAUGCACCCCAGUUUAGAUUCGACUGGUUCAUUAAAUCUCGCACAGCUAUGGAACUCCAAAGACGCUGCAAUACCCUUAUCUCACUUAUCGAAAAAGAAAACAUGGAGAUUGAAGAGAAAGAGCGAGCUGAGAAGAAGAAAAAGGCUCCCAAAUCUCAAACUGUGCAUAAAAGAAAGGCAGAUGUACCCUCAGAGCCAACAGGACGCAAAGACAAAAAAGCCAAAACCUAAAUAUCCAGUAUUUUUUAUUUGGGAAGUUCUUUGUAUUUAAUUUGUUAUUGAUGGCUGGUGCAAACUGUUGUCGAAGUGGCCUGCUUCUUUGGUAGACUGCCAUUCACUUUUAUUCUAUUCACUGUUACUCAGUGCACUUUCAUACUUUAUAUAUAGUGUGAGUCUGUUAAAUUGCCUUUGCUUUGUGCUUCAUUUAGCAUGCUAAAAAAAGGGCUUUUGUGCACCUCUGUUUUUUGCAGUAUUUUGACUUAUUAACGAUAAGUUUCUAAACUACAAGCUUAAAUAUUAAGAGGGUAGUGAUGGAUUGAGUUCCACGGCAUUGUGAUGUACAGAGUAUGACCCACCGCUUUGCACGUACCAAGCACUUUCUAUAAACAUUUCCCCCCAUUUC